AUGGUGAUAUGUGGGCAGGUAACAGGAAGCAGGUAUGAAACAAAAGUUGUUCUUACAAGGCCAUUAUCCGUUGACGGUGACUCAGAUAUUGAUUAUAGGGCUCCUAAUCUAUCCCAAAGAAUUACAAGUCUUUUCAAAAGUGUACUCCCAGGCUCUGAUCUCACCCGUCUUAAGCUGCCACCUCUGUUCAACUAUCCGAAGUCACAUCUUCAAUGUUAUGGAGAAACAGUGUAUUGCAUCGGCAGUGACAUGCUAAGCCGAUGUAACCAGGCUGACAACUCAAUCGAGAGAUUCACAUCGGUUGUAGCUUGGAGCAUUUCCACGUUGCGACCUGCACUAUUUGGGUGUGCCCCUUACAACCCAAUCCUUGGUGAGACUCAUCAUGUCUCAAGGGCAACUCUCAAUGUCCUACUCGAACAGAUUUCUCACCACCCACCAGUUUCUGCCCUCCAUGCAACUGAUGAAAAACAAAAUAUUGAACUCAUCUGGUGUCAACAUUGUGUUCCAAAUUUCCAUGGUGCGUGGGUGGAAACUGAGGUGCAAGGAAAAAGGCAACUGAAGCUGCUUUGUCGAGGAGAAACAUAUGAAAUGAACUCUCCAAACCUGUUGAUAAGACUUCUUCCAAUGCCUGCAGUUUUUUGGACUGGAAAUGUUAGAAUCAGGUGCCCAGAGAAUGGCCUUGAAGCUGAGUUACGCUAUGGACCCAAGUCGUCUUUUCUUGGGCUUAGGGGAAGUCAUAGAUCAGUUAAAGGAAAGAUAUGUGAAACGUCAACAAGAAAAACUCUUUUUGAACUUAAUGGCCAUUGGGAUAGAACUGUUACAAUGAAGCAUAAUGAUAGUGGAAAGCAGACCGUUAUAUACAACGCAGAAGAAGUCCUUUCGGGACUGAAAGCUCCUAUUGUUAAUGAUCCGCAGGGAGUGCAGUCAACUGAAUCGGCUGCAGUAUGGAGGGAGCUAAGCAUGGCCAUAAUGAGCCAAGAUUGGGAGAAAGCAAAACAAGCGAAGAAUGCAGUGGAGGAAAAACAGCGGGAGCUCUUGAGAGAAAGAGAGUCAAAAGGAGCAACUUGGGUUCCCCAACAUUUCAGUGUGAGUUACAGCAAAGAUGGUGGUUGGGACUGUUCACCAACUCAACAAUGGGUUCCACCUGCUCCAAUUGUUGUUCCUCUCUCAUAAGCUAACUAAGAUCAACACAAACUUAGCAGCUUAUAUUAUAACUAAACCCCCUCUUUGGGGCUUUUAGAUUAUUAAAAUGCACAUUACAGCUGGAAUUGAACCUACUUGUGAACAACUAAAUGCUUACAUAUCAUUUAAUAUUAUAAACUUCAAGUUAUAUUUACUUAAACAAAGUCAUUCCAUAGUUGGCAACUAGUGAGUGAAAGAAGGGAUUGUAAUUUAUUGUUUUGACUAUAUAAAUUCAUGUCUAUGUAGAAGUCCCUACGGUGUGUAUUAGCUAGCAUGUCAAGUAUAUAUAUAAUUCAU